AUGGGUAAACGCAAGGCAGCAAAGAAGCCUCAGGGCCCAAAAAAGAAAGAAGUUUUAAGCACCACCUUUCCCUGCUUAUUCUGCAAUCACGAAAACUCGGUUAUUGUCAAAAUUGACAAGAAAGCCGGUGUCGGUCAACUUUCCUGCAAAGUAUGCGACCAAAAGUUUCAAUGCGCCAUCAACUAUCUGUCUGCUUCCGUGGAUGUUUAUGCCGAUUGGGUUGAUGCUUGCGAUGCAGUUGCGAAGGAAGGAGAUGACGGGGGAGAUUUUGCCCCCGAACGCGCACCUGCUCGACGUCAAUCUGGUGCUGCCGCGAAAGGCGACGAGGACGACGACGACAACGAUGACGACAUAAUGGGAGACGAGGAUGGGAUGGGUGGUUAUGGCGGCGAUGGAAUUGUUGCGGACGACGAAUACUAA